AUGGGCUCGCUUACCGAAGAACCCGUCCCUCAAGAGGACGAGAUAACAGUGCUGGUCACUGGCUUCGGUCCAUUCCGAGCCCAAAACCCCAUCAACCCUUCCUGGGAAAUAGCUAAAGGUCUCCCGCCUUUCCUACCUCCUUCGAGAUUCCAAACGCACGACGCAUCUGCAAUUGCAAAGCAUGUCCCAGUUCGCAUUCUUGUCCAUCCCGAGCCUGUGAAGGUUGCAUACAAAACAGUGCGGGAACUGGUACCGACGCUAUGGGAGGGAAGAAAGAUUGACUUUGCGAUCCACAUUGGUAUGGCGUCCGGAAGGAAGUUCUACAGUGUGGAGAGGAGGGGUCAUAGGGAUGGGUAUAAUAUGAAGGACGUGGACCAUGAGUUGUUGGGUGAUGCGGAGAGGAGGAGGUUGGAGGGCGAGAAGUGGAUAUGGCAUGAUAUGCCAGAGGAGUUGCUGAGUGCUGUGGAUGUGGAUGAUGUUUGGAAGAGGUGGAGAGCUGCCCUACCUGGCAAAGACGUCAGAAUCUCCGAGGACGCUGGACGGUACCUGUGCGAUUUUAUAUAUUUUUCGAGCAUGGCCUAUCUCACACAGAAGGAAGAAGAGCGGAGAGUGGUUUUUUUACACGUUCCAGUCAAUGCGGACGAAGUUGCGAUCGAGAACGGCGUUGAAAUUACGAUUGAGUUGAUACGGGCUAUGAUACAGAGUGAUCGAUUGAAGAAGUACUUGGCAGCAAAUACUCAAUCACGCCACUGA